GGAGCAAAGAGUGAGCCCACUCUGUCAUUUAGGAUGACUCACAGGGAAUUGGCACUAAUUCCUGGCUUGCUCGUAGUGGACGCCGCGCAAGGGAACAACCACGCCGGACCAGACCAAGGAGAAGGAGGGAAAUUUGAUGACAAUAACCACAGAGUGAAAUAGCUCCCCGUCCUCCUGCUGGGAAGGUCUGGAUGGCCGAACCACCGUGUAAUGCUACUGUAAAGAAAUGUAAAGAAAGUAUGCCCCAGACGCCAAUAUUUUCCAGCAUGCUUGGUUCUGGAUGCAGCGGGCACGUCCAGCCAGAUAUGGGAGAGAGGAGCGGGGAUCCCGUUUAUCAGGAUGGGAGUCUGGUUUCUGGAUCUCUGGAGGCCCUCAUUGAGCGCCUGGUUCCCACCACAGACUACUACCCAGAUAGGACGUACAUCUUCACCUUUCUACUGAGCUCCCGAGUCUUCAUUCACCCCCAUGAACUCCUGGCUAAAGUCGGGCAGAUCUGUCUUAAACAGAAGCAGCAGAUGGAGACCGGCAUCGAGUCAGACAAGGCAAAGCUCAAAUCCUUUGCUGCCAAGAUCAUCCAGCUCCUUAAGGAAUGGACCGAAACGUUCCCCUACGACUUCCAAGAUGAGAAAUCGAUGAAAGAGCUGAAGGAAAUUGCUCAUAGGAUCACCCAGUGCGAUGAGGAGAACGGAACAGUCAAGAAAAUCAUCAGUCAGAUGACCCAGAAUCUGCUGGUGACCCUGUCCGCACGCAACCAGUACCAGGAGAUCCGAGAGAAGUUCCGCCAACCCGUGACCGACAAAGGGGCCGUCCUGAAAACUAAGCCUCAGUCGUCGCAGAAGGAUAUCCUGAGCGUUUGCUGCGAUCCGCAGGUUCUCGCACAGCAGCUGACCCACAUUGAGCUGGAGAGAGUGAGCAACAUUUACCCCGAAGACCUCAUGCAAAUUGUCAGCCAUGUGGACUCCCUGGAUAAUCACAAGUGCCGCGGGGACGUCACCAAGACCUACAACCUGGAAGCCUACGACAACUGGUUCAACUGCCUCAGCAUGUUGGUGGCCACAGAGAUUUGUAAAGUGGUGAAGAAAAAACAGCGGACAAGAAUUGUGGAGUUCUUCAUCGACGUGGCGAGGGAAUGCUUCAACAUUGGAAACUUUAAUUCCAUGAUGGCCGUUAUCUCCGGUAUGAACUUGAGCCCUGUGGCACGGCUAAAGAAAACCUGGUCCAAAGUGAAAACAGCCAAGUUUGAUGUUUUGGAGCAUCACAUGGACCCCUCCAGCAACUUCUGCAACUAUCGAACUGCCCUUCAGGGAGCAGCUCAGAGAUCCCAGACGGCCCACAGCAGCCGGGAGAAAAUCGUCCUCCCCGUCUUCAACCUCUUCAUCAAGGAUAUCUAUUUCCUGCACAAAAUCCACAACAACCACUUAGCCAACGGACACAUAAACUUCAAAAAGUUCUGGGAAAUCUCAAGGCAAAUUCAUGACUUCAUGACAUGGAAGCAGGUCGAAUGCCCUUUCGAAAAGGAUAAGAAAAUUCAGAGCUAUCUACUCACCGCACCGAUUUACAGCGAGGAAGCUUUAUUUAUUGCGUCCUUUGAAAGUGAAGGCCCGGAAAAUCAUAUGGAGAAAGACAGCUGGAAGACGCUCAGGACGACUCUUCUCAACAGAGCCUGAGGCUUUUGGACUUUGGCUUCGACUUCUAAAGCACACACUAAGGACACUGUUUUUAAAUCCUGAAUGACUCGGUUCGAGAUGUGGAAGACCUCACUGGCUGGGGUCUGUUUUGUGCAUACAAGACACCUUUCGACUUGCAGAAGAAAAAUACGAGCUUGACAUUCUGCAUCAACUUGAAGGCACUUAAAAAUGAAGGAUUUUUUUUGUUUUUUAAACUAUUUAAGAAAAAUAUCAAGGGCCGGGCCCUGUUCUCAGAGAUAAAAUGGAUUGGGGGGGGGGAGGGAGGGGGAGUGGUAUUCGUGGAGAUGUCUCAUUCUGACGACAUCCAGAUCUUUAUUUUUAUGUUUGACUACUUCCACCGAACGCACGCACACUCUCCAACGGACUCCCUCGCACGUUCAGCGCUCCACUCCGCCUUGAUCUGGCCUCAGAAGAUAAAGGGGAGUCUGAUAUGUUCGGCGUCAGCAAGGUUUCCACAGAUCUAUAGCAGUACGAGAUCGUUCUCCUCCCCACCAGGUUAACCUACGUGGGCUGAAACGUUAUGCUAAGUAAAUGGUGAGCACAGACCCCUUGUUACCUGGGACACCCAGGUAUUCCGAGAUUUCGCUUUUCCUCCCCCACCACAUUCCCCACAGGAUGGGAGAGGUGAAGGCUUCCCGGUUACAAAUCCCAAGUGCCCCCAUCUGUUUCCUUGCUGUAAUUGAUUAAGCUUUUGCGGGGGGGGGGGGGUCACGCCACAAGACAUCUGUGAGUUUGCGGGGCCACAAGGUUCUUCGUUGCAUUUACUCCCAAGGGAUGCUGCUCUUCUGACAUAGAUCUUCAUUGUGGUGACCAGCCGUAGAUUAUUUCACUUCUUUUUCUUUGGAGGCUAGCCUUGCUGCAUUUUGGAGAGCUCGACAGCGUUGCUUAGUCGGGUUUCUUACUUCAGGCUAGAAAAUCCCUGUACAUUUGGGGGGGGGGGGGUUGGAGCCUGCAGCUGGGGGGUCUUGAGGGGAGGGACCUCAAUGGGGCACAGUGCUGUUGAGCCAUUUCCUCCAGAUAACUGAUUUCUGUUGUCUGGCCAUCAGUAGUAAUUCCAGAAGAUCUCCCGGCCCCAUAUGAGAGUCAGCCUGAUGAGUCAGCUAAGAGUGAGUAGACUCUAAUCUGGAGAACUGGGUUUGAUUCCCCACUCUUCCACAUGAAGAAGAAGAAGAAGAGUUUGGAUUUAUAUCCCCCCUUUCUCUCCUGCAGGAGACUGAAAGGGGCUGA